GACUACUCCUCAGUCUUAUUCUCUUGACAAGGCACACGGUGGUCAGACUGACAACAGCGCAUAGACACCAUGUCGGACACCGCCGAAGUUACCCUGUACUACGCGCCCGGCACCGUGGCCGCCCUGUCACUGAUGAUCCUUCUGGAGGAGAAGGGGAUCCAGUACACCGCUAAAGCCGAAAUGGACGAGGACAACCCCAGCGACGAAGUCAAGAAACUCGACCCCAGACAGGAGGUCCCAAUCCUGCAACACGGCGAAGUGGUGUUAACUGAGUACCUGGCUGCCUUGAUAUACUUAGAGGAAACGUUCGGAGGGACGAAACUCAUUCCCGACGAUGACCUGACGAAGGAGGCCCUGGUCCUGCAGCGCAUGUUCAGCGCCGAGCACGUGGGACUGGACGACACCACCAUCUGCAGCUACUGGGAGGACUGGGAGGAAUAUGAGGAGGAAGAGGACGAAGAAUUCAACGAAGAGGAAUUCGAAAACGAUGAGGAACUUGAGGCGGCGUACGAGGAGGCAGAUGAGGAAGACGCCAUGGAGGAUCUGGCGGAAGAACUCAUGGUUUGGGAGGAAUAUCUGAAAGAGGAAGGCGGCCCGUACAUCGCUGGGACGGAGUUCACCAUGGCAGACGUUGCUUUCUUCCCUGUGCUGUCCUUCGUCAUGUGGAUGGGGUUCAAGCCCGAGGCAACGUAUCCAGAACUGCACAAAUACUACGAGGCGCUCCGAGAACGUCCGACUAUCCAAACUGCGUGGCCGGAGGAUUGGAACACACCGGCACCGGGAAAGCCGUUCCAAUAUCUGGACGAGCACUUGGAGGACGAAGAGGGGGAAGGAAAAGAAGGGGAAUAAAUAGAAUUCUCCGCGUUGUGUAUUAAUUGUAGGGACAACGAAUCAAUGAUAAUAGAGGUUUCAAACAUUGGACAGUUUUAGACAUUAGCAGUCAUUUGAGUUGUACGUCAUGUGUGAAACACAGUAUUAGUUUAAGUAGUAGAACACUUCAAUCAUACUCUUGUGUAUGAAUAUGUAUCGUAUACCAUUGUCAUUUUAUGUUUAUAUAUUAAGCUUCAGAAAAAAGAAAAUGAACCCUCCCUUGCAUUCUGGAAAAAAUGCUCGUGACUAGCUCUGCAAUGUUUCAUACAACUAGAAAGGUAACAUUUGCAAAGCAAAUGCAUAAUGUUUACCUUCGCAUAUGGUCUUAAUUGUCGGAUAACGAAGCAAUGGCAAUAGAAGUUCCAAACAUUGGACAGUUUUCCGACAUUAGCAAUCAUUUGAGUUGUACGUCAUGUGUGAAACACAGUAUUAGUUUAAAAAGUUCAAGCAUACUCUUUUGUAUGUGAGUGUAUCGUAUACUAUUGUCAUUUUAUGUUUGCUGUCUUGUAAUAUUGACAGUAGUGGCAA